GUGGCGGGCGUAGAGAGUUUCGGCAAUCAAGCGAAGACAUUGUCAGUGCGUGAUGUCGGUUUCGAACAAACCAGUACAUCUUUGCUGGCCUGGCAGUCGGGGAGCCAAGCGGACGGAUUAGCAAACCGUCACAGAAGUUCGACAUUCUGGCUAAACUGUACUCAAAAUCCGCUUGAGAUGCCACAUGCGACCACUGAUGAUGCCGACUACGAGGUCGGCGAAACGUUUGAGAAUGUACCAAGUCGACUGUCUGAUGCUGGGAAUCAUGACAACUACUAUGGCCGACGACUUCGGACUAGGUCGCCCUGA